AUGCGAAGAGCAGUCGACCAGUGUCCUGCCGACAUUGUCUUAGCACCUUUAAGGUGCCCUUUGACUGAUCUCGACUACGCCGACGAUGUUGUUAUAUUCGCGGAAAGCAGUACGAAACUUCAACAUGUUGCCAACCUUGUAUCGAAGCUGGCUGCAGCCUAUGGACUACGUCUACGCACUGAUAAAUGCAAGCAGAUGUGGAUCUUUUCGUGA